GUGUAUGUGGUCACUCGUAUUUGGUCGCCUGCCAACACUAUAAAAAAACUAAACGGGUAGCUGAAAAUUACAAUCACAGGACUCAAUUUUAUAGACGGCAAUGGAAUCGGAGACGAAAGCCAGCGGCGAGGAGAAGCAGCAGGAAAACCCCUCGGCGGUGCCCAUGGACACUCUGGACCCGCCACCACCGAGUGGUAGCUCCAAGACCCUAAAACGCUGUCUAAGUGUACCUAUCAUCCGGACUCCGCCUUCCGGAAAAUCGGGAAAGACCCCGAUGACCACACGCGCAGCCGCAGCGGCUGCUCUGGCGGCCAAGGAGCACGAGCAGACGCCCAAGAAAAGCCAACAGGUGCUGGACAUCCAGAUGUCGAAUGUCUCAUCCAUCGAUUGCUUCGGCAAGAACAUACACAUACGGUCCCAGCCCAAUUCGAGGGAGGUUUCCCCGGCUCCCGUCUUCAAUAUAUUCACUCCUCGAGCCAGGAGGUAUUCGGCUAGCUACAGCCCACUGACCACGGCAGCCAAUGGAGCAACCCUUUGCCUCACUCCCCGGGUUUCCCAGCUCAGGCAAGAGGAAUGCGCGGACCUAAACAGUCGGGAGGUGAAUCACGAGCGCGAAGUUCAUCGGGAAAUACAAAUCUCCCAGAGCUGGGAGGACCUCACGCUGGUGACCGAGAACUGGUCCUGCAAAUCGGACGAGUUCUCCAAUCCCCUGCAGGUCAGCCUGCCACCCACGGGCAGUACCGGUUGCUCCAGUCCCAGUCCCACGAACAAUCGGGCGGGCAUGAGAUUACCCUACUCCCCGUCGCCCACGAGGCGCACUUUUGCCACCAGGAGAUCGAUGUCUCCCAUUGCCAUGAGACCAUCUCAACUGGGACCCGUGAAGAGGAAGUUUGAGCUGGACGAUAAUCCCAUGCAGGGCAGCAACUGGAGUGUAUACUCUCCUCCGCCAAUGAAAAAGAUAUUCACAGAAAGCCGCGGCUCUUCCCCGGUGUGCCAAUCGCCCUCGUCGGUGUGUCCCAGUCCUGAUUCCGGAACCUUUGAUGGCCGGAUAACACCCAAGUUGUUCAUCUCGAAGCUGUGCACAAAUAAUACGGUGAGCGGAGGUGGUCUGAAUAACAACAGCAGCAGCUCAGGCUGUCCGUCGCCCGUUUCCGCUUCGCCUGGAGGAGUGGGCAGUGGCCCUAAUCUGGAGGCUGCCAUGUGCCUCGUUUCCGGCGGAAGCCAGAGCCAAAGCAUCGACGAGGGCAUCUCGAUACCCGAAUCGGAGACGCUCUCCUCCUGCCGCAGUCGCACCUCCUCCAUACUGUCCACCGCAUCCUCCAGCACUCAGGUGCUGGUCAACGAUCUGGUUGACGAUGCCACUCUAAUGGACGAUGCCAAAAGCGAGACUUCCUCUAUCGGUGGUUGCUCCACCAUCAGCAUAGAGUCGUCCUCCUGCGAUAGUGGUGCCAAAACCGCUGCCACUUUCCUCAAUCGUUUGGUGGUGGAUUCGGAUGGCGGGGGUUCCCCGCUGGCCCAAAAGAGCUUCUAUAUCAACAAGCAGGGAUUGUCAGGCGCCAAGAAGUUCGUUGUCAAUCACGAAAGGACGGGAGCCUCCAGCAAGGAUGUGCCGCAAAAGCUUUAAGUAGCAUACGCAGUUUAGCUUAGCUUAGGGGUCGAUUUUAGGAAUGCUUAAACAAUGGAAUAAUCUCAGGCGCCAAGAAUUAAUCUUUGGUUACUUUUAUGUAAUUUGCUUUGAAAACUAUAGGAAUUACAUUAACUUAUUAAACGUUUACAUAAAAAAACGAAAGAAAAUAGCCAUGCCUGUUGUCUUCCAAGAAACUUAAGUUGUAAAGUGUCAAAAAUGGUACUAGAUUUAAAAGCAACAUUAAAAAGAUAAACUAUAAAUGUUGGGUUGAGAUAAAAGCAAUAAUCGAAAAAUAACUUUAAAGAAACAUUUAAAAUCAAAAAUAUAGUAUAAAAUUAAAAUGUAAUGUGUCCUAUAGUAUUCAAAGCUUAGUUUCUUUAAAUAUUCCAAAGAUCAAGAAGCGGUACUAUGAUUUUUGUAACAAAAAAUCGACCCAAAAUACCCAAUCACAUGCAAGCUUUAGUUGGGGGUUCUCAUUGAUCCCCUGACUUGCUAAAUAUUAGUCCGUAGCUUUGUUGUACAUAGUUAAGUUGUUUGUCUAAAGUUCCAAACCAUCUUGCAUAUCAUCUAUCAAAAAACACACUCACACUCCCUUUCAUCCCUAGCAAACAUUUGUUUUUAAUGUGUUAGCCUAAGGUUUGUCAUAUAUAGCCAGAGUUUUUUAUCCGAUCCUUGUGUUAUGAUAUGUUCUUCAUUUCCAAUGUUUCGAUUUAUUAAUCCUUUUUUAAUCUAAGUAAAAGUUAAUACGCCCAUAUAAUAAUGGUUACUUUAGUUUCGUUAGUAGUUGCCGCCUCACCCUAGAUUUUAGCUACCAAAAACCCAAUUUUGCCAAAUAUGUUUCCUCUAUGUAUGUAAUCCCGCAUUAUAUUGCCUAUAAUGUGAUCCAAUUUAAUCGAGGUGAUAUCUGCACGUAUCCCUGAAAACCAACUGAUUGAUACAUACACGCAUAUAUUAUAUAGAUUUACGAUUCGAUUAUAAUUAUCGUAAGCGAAUUUACGUAGUUUCAGGAAAGUUAUACUUAGAAACGAUCCAAAACGAAAGAAUUGCCUAUUAAACAUUUUUUCAAUAGAUCACAA